CUCAACUUGCGAGUUAGCGGGGGGAUCGGCGUAAAGGUCAAAAAACCCGCUGUACCGUUAUCGAUUCCAUGUUGGAACACAGGCACAUAACAGACCGCAGAUCACUCCGCACACCAUUCACACAAACCCUAACCACUGUAAUUAUCUCAGAGACAAAGGAUUCUACCCGUUCAUAUGGAGAUUACAUAGACACCGUAGCCCGAUUGGAUGCUGCUAUAGACAAGUUUCCACCCGGUGCUGAGGCCGUCAGUGGCUUAGAGGUUACCAUUACUGCUUACUAUGUAAGAUGUUUGCUGACCUGUGUUGAAACGCUUGAGUUGCAGAAUGCUCCAGGAGAAAAUUUUAGAACCGAAUUAAAAUCUGAGCCUCUCGCUCCCACGGAAAUAAACAAAAUAUAUGACCUAGUGCACCUAACUCUAAGACUCCUCCUAUACAUGAUACAGAAAGUGACAGAUGAGAACAGAGACAAACUGACCUCUAUGUUCGGUAGCAUAAGGUCAAUUAUAUCUGCACUGAUGUUGGGUAAAGAGGUUCCCAUGGAUACAAAAUCUGUGGGCGGGAUAAUAUAUUUGACGUUGCAUUUAUUCGAGAAUGGAUCUGGAUCUUGGAUUACGGUAUUAGAGGAAGACCGAAGUUCUGAAAACGGUACAGUGAACCUGUCAGUCUACUCAGCGGUGGCGACAGUGGUGCCCCCUGCUGAGUUGGUGACCAUGAAGCUUAACGGACAACCUGCCAUCUUGGAUCUAACUGAAAAGAUCCUAGCUAUUGGAGACAGGUACUCGUCAGAAGCCAGCCACACACUUGCCGUAGCGCGCACCCUCCUCUCUAUCAGCCGGAGUCUAGACGCGGGCCCGGCGCUGGCGACGUUACUGGCGAGCUGGUGCUGGUCCUAUGCUGAUCACCAUAUGGACAGCGUGAGGCAUUUGGCGGCUCAGCUCACAGGUCGAGUUGUAGCCGCUGCGGUACAGCUGCAGAAGGAAGGUGACCCCACAACGCUGGAGCAUCUCUUCGCAUCGUUAUCCACGGUGGACAGUUCCCGCAAAACGUUCUACGUAGUUCUGACCGCGUUAGCAGAUGCCCUGGGGGCUGCGGUGCUGGCGCGGCGGCCGCGCGUAAUUCGUGACGUCAUACAGGCGCUGAGCACUCAAGCGGUCCAGGCUUGUGCCACAACAUUCCUAGAAACCCUCCUAAAGAAGCACAUGCAGCAGGCAGACCCGGAGACGGUCUACCGGCAGUGGGUCAGCGUGAUCCUGGACGCGGCCAAGCGCGAGUCGGACCCGGCGGUGCUCGGGAUCCUGGAGAAGAUCCUCACCAAGGCCGUGCAGUGGGAUAGCGGCGUCUUGAAAUAUAUCUUGCCCGAGCAACGCGCACUGAGCUCGUACCAGGGGAGCGAUCUGAAAUGCAUCUUAUUGGUACUGAGCGUAGUUCGGAAAUCCGGCGUCGCUUACAAGGGGGUUACAUUCGACGACCUCAGGCACUGCGCGUACGAUGCUGAUGAUGAGACCCGCAUCUUAAGCCUCUCGCUGGUAGCGGAGUCCCCUCGUUCCACGCAACUGUUGACGGCGGACGAGCUGACUUUCCUAUCGCAUUUCCUGCAGUACAACAUCAACGCCCAAUCGCCUAGCUUUAGGCAACUGGUGUUGGCUAAUAUGAAAAAGAUACUAAAACGUCUCGAAGACAGCUACAAAGUGCUGAAAAGGAAGCCUUCAGAACACUCAAAGGAAAUCGCCUACUACCUAAACUUUGUUUCGGAACUCCGCGCUUCAAGUUUCGAGAAUCUGUCGACAGGGGGCGCUAGCUAUGGACGACGUUAUAUCGCACUCCAGCUGUUGAGUUGGAUGGGACAGCUACAGAUCGGAGAAGAUAGGACAUGGACGGAGGAACAAGCUGAAAUAUUGUAUAAUCUUCUAGAAGAUAGUUAUGAGAACAAUAAAGUUCUUGCCUUAGAGGUGCUCAAGAAUUGCCCGGCGGAGUUUAUUAAGCCAGUGCAUUCUCCAAGCUACGUGUCGGACGCGAUAGCUGAGGCGUCGUCGGUGCGGCCGACUGACUGCGUGGCCGCCUCUUACAAACUGCUGCUACUGUUGUCUCUGCCGGCGGAGCUCCAACCUUAUUACAAACAGUACGACGUGCCAUCUCCAGGUUGUUUCGGCCUGCUCGUCGAGAUCCUGCGCUCUCUGAAGGAACAGACCGGUCGCGCGCGGGACAUUCUGCGCGCGGCGCGCGACGCGCCCAUGUACGGUCUCGUGCACUGCCUCGCGAGGCUGUUAGCCGCUCUCGAUGCUAGUGCCGUAUCCAACAACGAGCGUUGGUCGCAACUGAUCGCCGACAUCGUGGCGACGUGUGAAGUCGUCAACGGGCGCGUGUCGGCCGUGGUGGCGGCCGCCAGCCCCGAGGGCCUGCUGCCCGACCACAUCGGCGCUGACAGCAGCGGCGGCGCGCGGCUCGCGGACGGCCGCGCGGUGACCGCGCAAAUGCUGCUACUGUGCGCCUGGCGGUCUAUCAAAGAGACGUCUCUCCUCCUUGGUUUCAUCGUGUCCCGCUUUUGCCUCGAGGGCGAAGCCCCCUCAUGGACGCUGAGCGGGAAGCAAGUAGAAGACAUAGGCGAGCACCUGAUUAUGUUACUGUCCACGGUCAAGCAUCGUGGGGCCUUCGAACAAGCUUAUGUCGGCUUCACACACCUACUGGGCAGGUUAUGGAAAUGCAAAAGCGCACUGCACCAACUGCCCUUGCAGUGGUUCUCGUCCAUCGAACAAGGGUUCAUGCUAGCAGCCGACGGUUCUACUGAUUACUGCGCGACGCGGCGCGGCGCCGGUCUGCCUUUCAUGAUCCAGGCUUUAGUGACCACGGAGCUAGCGGCGGAAAGUACCGCGCCGCGCGGCCGCCUGCUGCUGCGCUGCCUCGCGCUCUGCCUGCGCGUGGCGCGCCGCCCGCCUGCCGCCGCCGACGCCGCGCGCGCGCACCUCGUGCUGCGCGCUCUGUGCAAGCACGCCGCGCCGCCGGCAGAACACACGGCCGAGGCCAUCAUGGUGGCGGAGGGGUUCGAGGCGGACACUUGGACGGAGCGAAACUCGUCGACUCUCCUCUUCAGUGCGCUAACAGUGCGAGUGUUCGGCGUAGCGCGUUCCAGCGGGCACAAGCUAUCAGCGCGCAAUACUAUGACUGGCCGGAUAUUCUUCCUGCGGUACCCGCAACUCUACGACUUCCUACUGGAUCAAUUGCAAUCGGUGUCACCGGACUCAACGCUCCGUCCUUCGCUUUUCCCAACGUUGCUGCUCUUGGCUCGCCUUUAUCCAUCUGCGUUGGAGGGAACCGUCUCGAACUUGAAGCUGGAGCGGUUCCUGCCGCACGUGGUGUGGCUGGCGCGCGCGCGCGACGCGCACACGCGGCGCCUGGCCGCGCGCGCCGCCGCGCCGCUGCUGCCGCCGCACAGAUGUAUACCUCACAUUCAAUCAUUGCUCGUGACACUUGCCGAUCAAAAGAUUAAGCGGAAUCUUUGCCACGGACUUUUAUGCCAGAUAACCGUCCUACUGGAGCUUAAGCCCGAUGUGACCAUUGACGAAGACAAACAUACGCUUUUGGCAGCUGUUCGUGGAACCUUCUGGAUCCCCAAACAUUUAUUGGGCGACUCACCGUGCUUCCUUAUUGCCGACGAGUGGCUAAAGUUUAUCAACUUGAUCAUGCUCAGGUUCCCAAAACUUCUAGAAGACGACCUCGUAUCCCUGUCAUCUCUCCUCGGAACUAUCUUAUUCAGCCCCGCCCCGGCCGUGGCCAGCGGCCGAGCAGCGUUCCUCGCACGCGCCGCCUACCUGGCACUUAUCAUUUCCACAACUCCGGCCUUCAUGACAAUACAGUGCCUUCAACAUACCGACUACGAAGUCAACCUGGCCGCACUCAACUAUGUACUCAUCCUACAUGGCUACAAGGAAGAUUCCUGCCCAUUAUUAGACCAUUUAUCUAUCAUUUCAAAUCAACAAACCCUAAAUGAGUUACAUUGUGACACGAAUUACGUUAAAAUUAUAUGUAAAGUCACGAAAAAUGGAUAUUUAGAAUGUAAACAGAAAGCGUUGAAAGUACUAGCGUUAACUGACAACACGCAAAGAGAAAUAGUAAAGUUAAAACUAGGAAAUAACGAUAAUUUAUCUGAUGAAACUGUGAUAUCGGAAUUGAUAGAUUCGAUAAGAAGCGGCCAUGCGAGUUUGAGCUCGAUUUACUUGCUCAGUUUGUUGAGUUUUGUAUCGCAGCCGACUUUAGAGAUAGUGAGGGUGUUAUAUGAAUGUAGCUCGGCAGGAAACGAAGAGAAUACUAGAGAGAUAGUGGUGGGGUACUUGGAAAAGCGUUUGAAAACUCUACUGGAGGUAUCGAGUGGGGACACAGGAGAAAUGUUCGAAUGGUCGGCUCUGCUGUUUGCCGCCACAGCCUUCUUGCUAGAAGACGAUUCCCCCGGCGUGCGACAAUGCGCCGCUGACGCUGUGCUCGCGGCUGUGCAUACAGAUGCGGGCCAGCACUCAAUAUCGACGUUUGCGUCGCGACAGUGGCGCCGCGCGGCGGCGGCGAGAAGCGACGCGGCGGCGCUACUACUCAUACUGGCGACGCUGGACUUUUGCGCUGACGUGGACACCGGCUUCGAACUCGGGGAGGAGUGUCGUGUCUUCGAUAAAAACGAAACCCACAACGUCUACCUCGAAGAGUUUAUAUGGACCAGAGACUGCGCUCUCGAGCUUAAGAAGAUAUACAGACGAACAGACACCAACCUCACCAUAGAAGAAUACCUACACAAUCUUCUAACCAAUCCAGACUACAAGGAAACUAUAGAUAAACUGUGUAUAGAUAAUGUUACUGAAUAUUUGACACGUCAAAAUAAGACUAAAAACCCUAAACUUAAUUUAGUUUUAAAGAUAUUAUAUGAAUAAAAGAUAACAAACGGUAA